GGUUAAAUGUCAUUUACAAAUAUGGCCGCGACCUCAGUAGGACUGGUGGCUGUAUUAUGUAGAAAUUUUCAAAAAGGAUUAACAUUAUGUAAUACGACGUGUUCAAAUCAGAGUAAUUUCUUUCACAGAACUCAACUACGGUUUUUUCUCCCGAGGGUAAGCGCAAGUAACUCCUUUCCCAGUCUCGUUGAACAGUGCAGAGCUUUACAUUCCUCUCAUAGCCGAAGAGGUCUGGAAGAAUUUUUUGAUGAUCCGAAAAACUGGGGCGAACAACAGGUGAAGUCUGGGGCCCCAUGGACUGCCAAACAACUUCGAACUAAAAGCAAUGAGGAUUUACACAAAUUAUGGUAUGUCUUACUGAAAGAGAAAAACAUGCUUUUGACACUGGAACAGGAGUCUAAAAGGCAAGCAGUGCCAAUGCCAAGCCCAGAGCGUUUAAAAAAGGUUGAAAGAUCUAUGAAAAGGUUGGAUAGUGUUGUCAAUGAACGCACAGAGGCACUGAGACUGCUACAGACCGGUGUGCAGAAUGAGAGACCUGGAGAAUGGAGAAAAAACUGUUUGGGACAAGCAAUCUGGUAUAAAUUUAAGGAACAUCCUAUUCCUUGGUACAUGAACAGAAGAUACAAAAAGAAGCAAUUCUUUGCACUGCCAUUUGUGAACUUUUUUACUCGACUAAAUCUAGAAAAGAAUAUCCGGAUUAGAAACAGAAAGAGAAGAGCAGAAAAGGAAGAAAAAUUGAAAAUUACAGGAGAAGUUUUCUAAAGCCACAGCAUAAAUUAAACACAUCCACAAUGUAUCAUUAGUGUUAGUUUACCAUAUUGUACUACUAAUAAAGAAAAGAUGCAAGAAUGCAGUUCUGAAUUAAGUUAACAUGUCUUAGGUUUACUACGUCUGAAAAGCAAAACAAUACAGAAAAAGGAAAAUUAACAAGGCCAACAAGAAGUCUCUUGUCUAACAAAAUGAAAGCAAACACAGCCUCUGAAAAACAAAUGUGUGAAGUCGCAGCUGAACACUUAAACCAGUAAUGUCCAAGAAAGGUAUCAAAUCAAGACACAUCAAUGGAGGGUCAUUUAAUAGUAAAAGCACUUUGGAUAAAAAAAUUCUGUAUGGCAAUUUUGGUUGGUGUAAUGCGGAAAUGUUUAGAUGACUUAUUCUCCAUAAUGUUACAAAUACAACCCGUGUUUUCGUUUGUCAUCAAAA